ACUGGUUUACCCCAGGAGGAAAGGGUCACAGUUUACAAUGGGAGAAUCAGAGUCAGAAGAAUAGUACUGACAACUUGACCACGGAAAAUAGUCUGCAAAUCAGACAGUUAGAAAUUCCCCACCUAUUAAGCUGUCCAGAUCAGUAUGUUGGUGGGGCAUGCUUAUGGUAACCUUACUUCCAUUCUCUGUAGUAUAUGUGAUAUAUAGGUGUUGAAAACUCUCUCUCUCUCUAGUUUUCAGUUUUCUCUUAAAUUCUUCUGCACUUGGUCUCAACCUUUACUGGCUCUUCUACUGAAAUGAAUCUGUAUAGAGAAGAUAAUCCAUGCUGCUGCUAUUUCCAUCCUAAAGAGGUGAUUGUGGGGGUGUGUCCCCUGUGUCUGAAUGAGAGGCUCCUCAUAUUGGCAGCAAAACAAGGGCACCAUUCCCUUGCCAAAGGCCACCAUAGAACUCACAGCCUCAUGCACAAGAAACCCCCCAUCAACCUUCCCAAGAUCUUCGCCUUGGGCUCCUUUCUCAACCGCCUUGAGUUUCGCCACUGGAAGUCUGAUCACUCUGAUCAUGAUGCCUCCACCAGUCAAGAAGAUUCCUUCAUAUCAAUCAAGUUUGAAGACAAUGGUGUUGCCUCAUGGGAAAAGACCACAGCCACAAAGGUCCCUCUUCAGCAUUGCACCAAUAUGCCAUUGAGCAAAGAGGCCAAGGGGACUAAGAGUGUAGUAGAACAUGCAAAACCACGUGCAACGCUGAGGUGGAGAAAGCGGAUUGGGCACCUAUUCCAGCUGAUCAGAUGGAAGAGGUCUACCAAGGCAAACGUGUGCCACGUGGGCAGCAAGGUGGAGGGAGUCAAGGUGAUGAGGAAGGGCUGGAUAAGGACUCUGACAAGGAGGAAGACCAAAGAAUAAAGGGUUGCACAGAAAGAGACACUAAGCUUUUCCUCCACCACCCCCCUCCCCCCCCCCCCAAAAAAAAAAAAAAAAUUGUGUGUUGAAGCUCAAUAAUGGUGGGCUCAAUGUGAAUCCCUAAAGCUAUAUGUUAUUGAGAUGGAAGAGUCAAAAUAGCUUUGUCAUUUUUAAAAAUGUGCUUUCCUUUGAAUUCUUGGCUUCUUUGUAUUUUUUUGAAUAGCUAGCAAUUGCUGUAAAAGAAAAGCUAGUCCAAAGUGUUGUCACA